AUGAACGAAAAUGGUGUUCUGGGGAAUCUGAAUUUCAUACAUAUACACCACAGUGUUGCCAGCUUCAUCUUCUAUCACCGUCGUCGACCUUUCCUGAGCAACUCUAGCAUAAUACACGACAAUAUGCGGCUCUUAAACUCGAUCUUUCUGGUAGCAUACGUUUUGCCACUAGCUCACGCUAUGCCAGGCUUGCAAAUAGCUCGGGCGGCCACAGAUAAUGAUGAUGUUCCCUUCACGAACUUUGCAAUCAUCGAGGCUCUUGGAAGAAUUUACGCAACACACCGGAGACUUCUUUCACUCUACCAAAAUGCCCCUUACUCCGAUCCACGUGUGCAGUAUGAUGGUGCAAUAGUAAGCCUGUUCCAUGGCGAAGAUUUUAGGGGGCAGCCACGAAUAGCAUUUUUGUUCAAGACUACUCUGGAACCGAUUGAAAGGAAUGCUAAUGUACAAGGUCUUUAUUGGGUCGUUGCAAGCUGCGAAAAUAAUAAAUGUUUCCAUCGCGGUAUUAUUCGUAUAGGUAGUAACCCUAUGGAUUACACAGCACUUGAUGAAGUGGAUGAAGCGGAUGAGCACCAUGAUAUUCUAUGUUAUCCAGAAAAUUAG